CUUAGAAUGGAAAAAGUAACCUCAGAUUCUAACUGGGUUCAAAGUAUUCCAAGUUUCAUUUAUUUGAUAAGGCAGUUAUUAAGGGGAUAAUGUCUACCAUCACACUUAAAUCCGCCAAUUUUUUUAAAUUGCUUAAAUAUUCUAACUUAUCAAUACCAAGAAGAUUCAAUAGCGGUACAGCUUUGAAACUAGUAUAUUCCGAGUAUGGGGAUCCCAUGAAGGUGAUUAAACAAGAGCCAGAUCAUGUUCAGGAACCAAAGAAUGGAGAAAUCCUCUUAAGAAUGAUUGCUGCCCCAGUAAAUCCAGCUGACAUCAACACGAUACAAGGAAAGUAUCCAGCAAAACCAAAAUCACUGCCCGCUGUACCUGGCAAUGAGGGGGUAGCAAAAGUAGAAAAAGUUGGACCAGGGGUGAAAAAUAUCUCUGGAGGGGACCACGUUGUACCUUUAAGAAAUUUCCUGGGAACAUGGAGGACACACCUGAUAGUGAUGGAAGAUGAUGUUUUGAAAGUACCAAAAGAUUUGGGGCUAGUUGAGGCAGCUACGCUAACUGUUAAUCCAUGCACAGCUUACAGAAUGUUAAGGGACUUUACUACUCUAAAACCAGGUGAUACUGUCAUUCAAAAUGGUGCAAAUUCUGCUUGUGGACAAAAUGUCAUACAGAUAUGCCGAGCCUGGGGCAUUCGAACUGUAAAUGUUGUAAGAAAUAGGCCAAACAUUGAUGAAUUGAAGAAAUUUUUGACAGAUCUGGGAGCCACACAAGUGCUCACUGAAGAAGAAGUAAGAAUAACCGAGCUAUUUAAGUCAGGUCAAUUAGAAAAGCCAAAAUUAGCUCUAAAUUGUGUUGGAGGUAAAAGUGCCCUAGAGAUAAUGAGGCAUCUUCAGAAUGGAAGCCCCAUGGUUACUUAUGGAGGAAUGUCAAGAGAGCCUGUCACAGUACCUACAUCAGCUUUGAUUUUCAAGGAUGUCCAAAUUCGUGGAUUUUGGAUGACCCGGUGGUCUAAGGAAGCAGAUAGUGUAGAUAGGAUCCCGAUGAUCCAAUCGUUGUGAAUGAAUUACCAAGAAUGAGAUAGAAAGGAGACGGAGCACAACAGUCAGCAGAAGAUUGUAC